AUGACGCUGAACCCGGAGCCGGCUGGUAGGUUCCCUGGGCUGGCUCCGACAGGGAGCAUUGCGCCUGAGCUGCCCAGCGGCCCCAACGUGUCCCUCAACAGCUCGUGGGCAAGCCCCACGGAGCCGAGUUCCCUGGAGGACCUGGUGGCCACGGGCACCCUCGGGGUGGUGCUCUCGGCCAUGGGCGUGGUGGGUGUGGCGGGCAAUGUGUACACGCUGGUGGUCAUGUGCCGCUGCCUGCGUGCCUCGGCCCCCCUGUACGUCUACAUCGUCAACCUGGCGCUGGCUGACCUGCUCUACCUGCUCGGCAUCCCCUUCAUCGUGGGCACCUACAUCACCAAGGACUGGCACUUCGGCGAUGUGGGCUGCCGCGUCCUCUUCAGCCUGGACUUCCUGACCAUGCACGCCAGCAUCUUCACGCUCACCGUCAUGAGCAGCGAGCGCUACGCGGCAGUGCUGAGGCCGCUGGACACGGUGCAGCGCUCCAAGGGUUACCGCAAGGUCCUGGUGCUGGGCACCUGGCUGCUGGCACUGCUGCUGACGCUGCCCAUGAUGCUGGCCAUCCGGCUGGUGCACCGGGGCCCCAAGAGCCUCUGCCUGCCCACCUGGGGCCCCCGCGCCCACCGCGCCUACCUGACUCUGCUCUUCGCCACCAGCAUCGUGGGCCCGGGCCUGCUCAUUGGGCUGCUCUACGCCCGCCUGGCCCGCGCCUACUGGCGGUCCCAGAAGGCUUCCUUUGGGCAGACGGGACGGCUGCCCAGCCCUCGCGUGCUCUACCUCAUCCUCAGCAUCGUCCUGCUUUUCUGGACCUGCUUCCUGCCCUUCUGGCUGUGGCAGCUGCUCGGCCAGUACUGCCCAGCCCUGCGGCUCAGCCCCGGGACCAUGCGCCUCGUCAACUACCUGACCACCUGCCUCACCUAUGCCAACAGCUGCCUCAACCCCUUUCUCUACACGCUGCUCACCAAGAACUACCGUGAGCACCUGCACGCUCACCAGUGCUCGGGCGGCAGCGGGUCGGCGGGUGCCUUCCCGCGACCACACCACGGCCGCUUCCAGCGCCCCUCGGGCCGCUCGCUGUCCACCAGCAGCCAGCAGGCCACUGAGAUC